AAGUCAGCGAUUACCUUUACGCGUCCAUGGGGCGUCUUAUCGAAGACACGUGCGGUAAAUUAUACAUAAAUUAUUACGUAAAUUAUUAUUGUCGUACCGGAUGAAAAGGGUGCGAUUAUCGCAUUGAUUAUCCCAUAAGCAUAAACGAUUUUUGGACUGUAACACACCUGCUUCAAGUUCGAGUUCCACCAUCGAAACAGUCAACGCAAACGAAUCCUCAUACGAUGCGAAACGAAAGUGAGGAGUCCUGCUGCCUGAGCCUCAAGAAGGAGUUCCAGCGCUCCAAGUUCUCGCUGCAUCACGAUGAUCCCGGUGUCUUCUGUCGCUCGCAGUGGCAGCGCGGGCAACGCAAUAUUCUGUGGCUCCUCUACCGCUGGAUUUGGGCUGGGUUCUUUGCCGGUGGCGUGAUUGGUAGCCUGGUGAGGCACUAUAACGGCGGCACUUGGUUUAUCUACCUCACGCACUGGGGGUUUUCACUGUGCUUUUAUGCCUGUACCUAUGGAGCAGUCGUGGCCACCAUUUACUUUAUCAAACCCUCGUACUUUGCUCCUGGCAGCGUGGCUCUCAAGAUCUAUUGGCUUUCCCACUACACAACUGUGGUGCUUGCCAUGAUGAUAACACUCGUGUUCUGGGCAGCGCUCUAUCCAUCCAUGCCUGAAAUGGGCGCUGAGCUGUUCAAUCUCUGGGCCCAUGCCUUCAACUCGAUUUUCAUGGUUUUCGACUGCUUCAUGGUGGCCUUUCCCACGCACAUUAUGCACUUUGUCUAUCCCUUUGCCGCGGGCAUUACCUAUGGGCUCUUCUCGCUGAUUUACUUCUGGUCCGGCGGCACUGAUUUCCAGGGUAAUCGUUACAUUUACACUAUCUUGGACUGGGAGAAACCGGGUCAGGCCAUUGGCACGGUCAUUGGCUGUGUGGCGCUGGUCGGCUGCUUCUCCAUUUGUGUCUUUGGGUUCUACAGACUCCGCGUAUGCAUCUACAACAGUUGUGGCAGGAAGCAGGAAAGAGUUGAAGCUGCUUCUUAAACAUGGAAUAAAGGAAAGGAUUGUGGAUAUAUAUUCUAGAU